AUGAGCAGUGGCAGUAGUAACCAUCACCCAAAAAGUGUGCCCAAGCAACGGCAGAAGCGCAAGUCGCUCGCCGAAGACUAUGGCGGAUCGGUCGGCGAGGACCUUCUCGAGUACAUGGAGAGCGACGAGACAGUCGGUGGCGUGCAGCAGUCCGCGGACAGCGUCGGCGCCUCGAGCAACUUGUCGCGCCGUAUCCAGAACCGCCUCCAGAAGCUCAACGACGUGGCGCAGACCGCUGCCGGGGGCGGAGACGCUACCGGAUACGUUGACUUUUCGACGCUGGAUCUGAAACCCGACCACGAAGCGCGGCCGGUGUGGGUCUGUCCGAACGGCCGCAUGUUCCUCGAGGCUUUCUCGCCCAUUUACAAACAGGCCUACGACUUCCUCGUCGCCAUUGCCGAGCCCGUCUCGCGUCCAGAGUUCGUGCACGAGUACAAGCUCACGCCGUACUCGCUGUAUGCCGCCGUGUCGGUUGCUAUUGAGACCGAGAGCAUUCUCAAGGUGCUCGAGAGGCUGUCGAAAAACCGACUGCCGCAGGGUAUCGUGGCCUUUAUCAAGGAAUGCACGCUCAGCUACGGCAAGGCGAAGCUCGUGCUGCACCACAAUGAGUUCUACGUCGAGAGUUUGUACCCUGAAGUGCUGCGCAAGCUACUGGAGCAUGAGCACAUUCGAGCUGCGCGUGUCAAGGAAGCAAUCGAAGAACCUGCAUCGAAUGCCUCCUCGGCUGGGGUCGCACCCGCAGCACCAGGUGGGGCUCGAGCAGAAGAUGCGCACGAGUUUAUCCAGAAGGAUGUGUCUGCUGAAGACCAAGCCAAUUUGCAGUAUCAGAAGCUGCUGAACGAAGACUACACCAUGGCAGAUGAACAGAACCCUGAAAAAACAAUGGGUGGUGACCAGCAAAAGACGGUGCGCACGGUGUCGUUCAAGAUCCGAAAGAAAAUGGUCGAGCAAGUAAAGCGCGCGUGUCUGGAUUUGGACUACCCACUCAUGGAGGAGUACGACUUUCGAAAUGAUAAGACCAUUCCUGAUCUGGAGAUGGAUCUUAAGCCGUCGACGCGCAUCCGUGAGUACCAGGAGAAGUCACUGAGCAAGAUGUUUGGGAAUGGUCGUGCACGAUCAGGUAUCAUUGUGCUUCCAUGCGGUGCAGGCAAGACACUCACAGGUGUCACGGCUGCUUCGACAAUCAAAAAGUCGUGUCUGUGUCUAUGUACGUCAGCUGUAUCGGUAGAGCAGUGGACUGCACAGUUCAAGAUGUGGACCAACAUCUCGGAAAAGAAGAUUGCACGCUUCACCUCAGUCGCGAAGGACUAUAUCGAUCCUGACUCUGGAGUGAUUGUGACUACGUACACGAUGGUUGCUUUCGGUGGACGUCGCGCUCGCGCAUCAGAGGAGGUGAUGCAGCUUAUCCAAGGCCGGGAGUGGGGUUGCAUCCUGCUGGAUGAGGUGCACGUUGUGCCCGCGAAGAUGUUUCGCAAGGUCAUUGGCUCCAUUGCGUGUCAUUGCAAACUUGGCUUGACGGCCACCCUUGUGCGCGAGGAUGAUUUGAUCGGCGAUCUGAAUUUCCUCAUUGGCCCGAAGUUGUACGAAGCCAACUGGAUGGACUUGACGCAAAGCGGAUUCCUGGCUAAUGUAUCCUGCGUGGAGGUGUGGUGCCCAAUGGCUGGAGAGUUCUACCGCGAGUAUCUGCGGGAGACAAAAAGUGCACGCAAGCGCGCACUCCUUUAUGUUGCGAACCCGAACAAGUUUACUGCCGCCGAGUUCCUCAUCCAGUACCACGAGGAGCGUGGUGACAAGAUAUUGCUUUUUUCAGACGAUGUCUUUGCGCUACGCCUGUACGCGACAAAGCUCAACAAAGGGUACAUCUACGGCGGCACGGGAGAGCGUGAGCGCAUGCGUCUGCUACAGUCGUUCCGAAGUUCGCCUCUGGUCAACGUCAUUUGCAUCUCGAAGGUUGGCGACACGUCCAUUGAUCUGCCGGAGGCAAAUGUGAUCAUACAAGUGUCGUCGCACUUUGGCUCGCGGCGGCAGGAGGCGCAACGCCUGGGGCGAAUCUUACGUCCCAAGGCCAAUGCUACAGGCGGAUUCAACGCUUUUUUCUACACGCUCAUUUCCACGGACACACACGAGAUGUUCUAUUCGAACAAGCGGCAGCAGUACCUCGUCGACCAGGGCUACACGUUCAAAGUGGUGACCGAUCUGUUCGAACCAGGGUCGUUCGAGGGAGUGUUUACGCGAAAAGAGGAUCAGCGGGCGCUGUUGAAUGAGGUGCUUAGCGCUGAUGUUGAGAGCGCUGCUAAGGACGAGAACGCUGCCAUCCGCGACGAUGAAGAUCUGUCGCGUCUGGAGCUCUCAGGCCUCGGUGGUAAGAGGAAGAAGAAGCUAGCGUCGCUUGGAGCUCUCUCCGGGGCGGAUGGCACGAAGUACAUGGAGUACUCCGCCGGCCACGGUGCAAAGCAGCGCCACAAUCUGUUCCGUGAUCGGUACCGCUAG